UGCUGGCUGACUUAGUUCCAAAAAAAAUACACUUAUUAUCUUAGAUUAAAGAGUGCUAUUAUAUUAUUGUUAACGAAAAGUUCUUUAUUGUAAAUCUUCUUACCCCAAGACUUUUUUGGGGUGGCCAAUCUAUAAUAUUAAUAUACCUACUAUGCAUAAACUAUAACAUUAAACACAUAAAAAAAAUACUAUAAUACAUGCUUAAUUAUUCACAAAAUCUAAGAAUUCAAAACAAAUUCAAAUGUGGCUAUCAUAAUCGAACAUGUACACCACUUAAUCAUAGAGUUGACACUUUCCCCCUUAUAAUAUUUUAAAAAUCGUACAAACAAAAUUCUCUUAACGAUUUCAAGCUUAUAUAAAACCAAACCAAAGCAAAGAUCAUUUUUACUCAAGCCUCACCCGAGAUGGCUCCUCCAAAACACAUUAGUGGUGUUUCGGUUGUAAUCACGACUCUCAUACUACUUGUAACAUGUUGUCAUUGCGCAACCUACCAACAACAGUUCAUGGGUCCACAAAACGCAGUAAGAGCUCGUUUAAGGCUCAAACCGCUAAAAUGGGACGCUAAAUUGGCACGUUACGCGCAAUGGUGGGCUAACCAGAGACGCCGGGACUGCGCCUUGAUCCAUUCCAACGGACCCUAUGGUGAGAAUCUCUUUUGGGGUUCAGGCAAGAGUUGGAGCCCGGCUCAAGCCUCUUAUGGAUGGUUGUCUGAAGCAAGGAGCUAUAACUAUAGGUCUAACUCUUGCAACGCCGAGAUGUGUGGCCAUUACACACAAAUUGUAUGGAAGAACACACAAAGGAUUGGCUGCGCCCACGUGAUCUGCAAUGGCGGUGGAGGCGUGUUCUUGGCUUGCAAUUACGAUCCCCCGGGGAAUUUUCUUGGUAGGAAGCCUUAUUGAGUUUGAUCCAUUUGUAUAUGUCAAAAACUCAUGCGUAAAGAGGCUGUUCUUGCGUUUUAACUCUUCCUUUUUGUAUACAAUGUUAUUUUUUUAUUGGUUCCAAGUUUAACGAGAGAUCGGUAAAACAACAUAACGCAUGUUGUCCGACAUUUUCUUA